AUGGGCGGCAAAGUAGAUGUGUACAUUGAUAUCGCAUCUCUGUACAGCUACAUCGCAUUUUACUACAUCAUCAAGAGCCAGGGUGCUCUCGCCGCACAUGGUGUCAGGCUAGAGUCCGUUCUCACCCCUCACCUGCUGAACUCAGUCUCACCUCUCAUCGCCCGGCAGCCUCCAUCCCGUACUUCUCGGCGGUAUCAACGCGGCAUCCGGUACGUCAGCCCCCUUCCAUUCAGCCCUGCCUCCACUAAGACCGCCGCAGGAAACAAGCCGCCAUGGACACUCCCCGCAAAGGCGAAGUACGGCACUCAUGAUGCCCGGCGCUCCUCCAUCCGCAUCGGCAAACCCGACAUCACCACGCCCCCAGACUUCAUGGACCGCAGCAUGACGAUCCUGCCCCUGCGCGCCCUGCACUUCAUCAAAAAGACCUACCCAGACGCAGCUUACCAGACAGCCUGGCACUGGCUCCUACACUGCUUCUGGGAGCCGCCUAACAUGAACCUCACCAAGCUCGACGUCCUGGUCAAAGCGCUGGCCGACGCGCCGCAGGAGUACCCGCCACCUGCGGGAGCCCAGGCCAAGCUGUUCAGCGAGGCCGACGUGAAGAAGAUCAUGGAGGGCACCGCGACGCAGGAGAUCAAGGACGCGGUGAAGGCUAAGACGCAGGAGGCGGUUGAAAGGGGCGCGUUCGGCGCCCCGUGGUUCUGGGCCGUGAACGACGAGGGCAAGGAGGAGCCCUUCUUCGGCAGCGACAGGUUCCAUUUCUUGUACGAGUUCCUGAGCGUCCCGUUUCAGGACAUUGCGAUUCUGCCGCCCGGCUCGCAGAGGAAGGACACGAAGCUGUGA